GUCACUAGCGAGACACCAUGGAGCUCACAGCUCUUUGCAAGAAACUGUUGACAGCGUUUUUGGUGUUGGUGGUUUCACAAAUUCAACAUAACUAUGCACAGGACAGGUCUUUUGCUCAGAUUGUUCCCACUGGACUUCAGCUCUUUGAAUAUAGCUCCCUCUCAAUUAACUGUGAGGGUCUUAAUCCCGAAACUGGAUGGACUGUAAAGAGGAGACGAAAGGGAGAAGUCAGUGCAUGUGUCAGUAACUGGGUGACAACAACUGCGUCUGUCUGCGCCAUCAAACCUGUUUAUCUCACAGACAGCGGAGAAUACUGGUGCGAGAUUGGAGGCGAGAGGAGCAACACUGUCAACAUCACAGUCACUGCUGGAGCUGUGAUCCUGGAAAGUCCUGUUGUUCCUGUGAAGGAGGGAGAAGUCGUGACUUUAAUCUGUAGAAGUACCAUGACCCCUACUGCCCACAUAGCAGAUUUCUUCAAAGAUGACCGACACAUCAGCAGCAGCUCCACAGGCAAGAUGACCAUUACUAGAGUUUCUGAGUCUGAUGAAGGGCUUUAUAAGUGCAAUAUCUCAGAGUUUGGAGAAUCUCCAGAGAGCUGGCUGGCAGUCCGAGCCUUUCAAAGAGGCACUCAUAAUGCUCAGAGCUACUCACAGAACUCUUGCCAUUGUUACCUGGUAGUACGGAUUAUUUUCACUGUAAUCAUGGUAGUUCUGCUGCUGCUCAUCGUGGGACUUCUUUACCGUGGAAAUAUAUGAGUUACAAAGAACUGACUCAAACUCACUUCACCAAACAAACAAUCGUU